CGACACAGGCUACCGUGGUUCUGGGUGCCCCAACCUCCGGCUCUCUGAGCUUCCGGGCCCGCGAGCAGAGUCCACGCCGACAGGACAGUGAGCGCCUGCCGGAGCUUGUAAGGCCUGGGCAGGUGUCUGGAUCCCAACACCGCCCUUCUCAGGUGACAAAUCCACGAACAUACUGGGAUGAGAAGGUGUCGGAGGUGAAGAAGAAGAUCAAGUCAGUGCUGCCUGGAGAGAUCUGUGACCCACUGUAUGACACCAGCCACCUGCCCCCUGAACAAUCAGAUGUGGUGAUCGUGGGAGGCGGGGUGGUAGGCCUGUCUGUGGCCUUUUGGCUGAAGAAGCUAGAGAAGCGACGAGGCGCCAUUCGGGUGCUGGUGGUGGAACGCGACCACACGUAUGCACAGGCCUCCACCGGGCUCUCCGUGGGCGGGAUCCGUCAGCAGUUCUCAUUGCCGGAGAAUGUCCAGCUCUCCCUCUUCUCCAUCAACUUUCUUCGGAAUAUCAAUGAAUACCUGGCUGUGGUUGACGCCCCUCCCCUGGAUCUCCAGUUCAACCCCUCAGGCUAUCUCCUGUUGGCUUCAGAAAAGAGUGCCUCCACCUUGGAGAACAACGUGAAAGUGCAGAGGCAGGAAGGAGCCAAGAUUUGUCUGAUGUCACCCGAGCAGCUUCGGAACAAGUUUCCCUGGAUAAACACAGAGGGAGUGGCUUUGGCGUCAUACGGGAUGGAAGACGAAGGUUGGUUUGACCCCUGGUCCCUGCUCCAGGGGCUCCGGCGAAAGGCCCAGUCCAUGGGGGUCCUUUUCUGCCAGGGCGAGGUGACACGGUUUGUCUCUUCCUCCAGCCGCAUGGAGACCACAAGUGGGGAAGAGAUUAUCAUGAAAAGGAUCCGUGAAGUCCAUGUGAAGAUGGACAACAGCCUGGAGUACCAGCCUGUGGAAUGCGCCAUAGUGAUCAAUGCAGCGGGAGCCUGGUCGGGAAAGAUCGCAGAGCUAGCUGGUAUUGGGAAGGGGCCGCCUGGCACCCUGCAGGGCACCAAGCUACCCGUGGAGCCAAGGAAAAGGUAUGUGUACUUAUGGCACUGCCCCCAGGGCCCAGGCCUGGAGACUCCGUUUGUUGCAGACACCAAUGGAGUCUACUUCCGCCGGGAAGGCUUAGGCAACAACUAUCUCGGUGGCCGUAGCCCCACAGAGGAGGAGGAGCCAGACCCAAGCAACCUGGAAGUGGACCAUGAUUUCUUUCAGGAGAAGGUGUGGCCCCAUCUGGCUCAGAGGGUACCAGCGUUUGAGAAUCUGAAGGUUCGGAGCUCCUGGGCUGGCUAUUACGACUACAACACCUUUGACCAGAACGGCGUGGUGGGCCCCCACCCCUUGGUUGUCAACAUGUACUUCGCUACAGGCUUCAGCGGUCACGGGCUGCAGCACGCCCCUGCCGUGGGGCGAGCUGUGGCCGAGAUGGUGCUGGAGGGCCACUUCCAGACCAUCGACAUGAGCCCCUUCCUCUUCAGCCGCUUUCACUUGGGAGAGAAAGUCCUGGAGCAGAAUAUCUUCUGAGCUCACAGGCACUUCACUGGGCCCCAUGGGCCUGGCCAGCACCCUGGCUCAUAGUCCUCUGCACUGCCCGAGUCCUCCCCAGUCCCAUGCCAGGGCCCUUUGUAGGCAGGCCCGGGGCUUCACCCCCUUCUCCACUGUCCAGGCCAUUCUGCACUCCCCACUGGCUAGGCACAGAUGCUGAGGCCUCGGCCAACAAAAACUGAUGGUGCAGGACCCUAGGACGGAUCUGUAGCCCAGGCUGAGCCCACUCACUAGGGCCAUCCAGCUGGAAUCCUAAGCACGCAGGCCCAGGACUGGCUCCUUCCUGUACCAACCCAGAAAGACUGCCCUCUUGGCAGGGCUGGGAAGAGCCCAGGCCUGGGAGCAUUCUGGGGCAGCUCGGCCCAAACUUACUGACUUGAAUCUUUCCUCUCCUCAUCAGUCAAUCAAUAAACGUGAUUGAUUCACUC